GUGAAAGUGACGAGCGUCUUUCUGUACAACCGCCCACUGAGUGUCGGUGAACUAAAAAUGGUCAAGAAGAGCGACGCCAAAAAAGGUAACAGUGACGGCUCCAUGCGUGGGGGGCGUGUCGCAGUUGCUGCUGUGCGCCUUUGUGGCCCUUUACUGAGAAAUCGCAGCGACGACUUCCUGCCUCUAGCGGGAACAUAUGCGUCUGGCCACGCGCUCUUUUAA